UUGAUUCCAACGAAGAAGUGACACUUACAUCUAUAUUUGCAACUGCAACUUUCAACAGGCCUUCCUUGACAUAAUUCGCUAUGGGCUUCUUCGACUUAUUCUCGUCCUCGUCCGUUGUCCCUGUCAACACCGACAUUCCCAAACCACGUUCCGACGCGUCAGUCAAUGCCCCUCCACCAGACCAGCACAAGACUGUUGCACAGUUCAUCCAGGAGGCUCCGGCUGCCAAGUACUUUUUUGACUCAAGAAGGAAUGAGGAUCAAGCAGACACUGAGCUUUGUCGAUUAACACCUAACGGAGGGAGAAGCUGCGUCAAGGUUGCUAUGCAUAGUGCAGCUCUUUUUAAGAGUAUGCAAUCUCUCGGAUUCUACUGUGCUCUGCCGGCUGAACCGACACGGACCCACAUGGAGUGUAAUCGCCUUCCUGGCAGCAGUAGAUAAGGAAGGGAUCUUAUGAUGACAAUCGUAUGAUGAAGGCAGAUACAAAUUGUUAGCCAUUGAAGGGGUCAAUAACAUCAACGGGAAAACGUGUAAACAUGCAUCAUUGUCACUCGAG